CCUUGAUGGUAAACACGCCUUGCAUGGUCUGAGAAGAGGAUUUCAAACCGGGACUGAUAAACAGGACGGCGUUGCAUCCGGUGUAUCUGGAUAAAUGUUGCUGAUAAACAGGGGGUUGUUUUAAGGAAACGUCGGGAGGACUCGGACUAGCUGCAGAUUAAAACUCUACCAUGGUGUGGCUGCAUACAGCACUUCCCCUAACCCUGCUGUUGGGUUACGUGACAGCUGGACUGGACAAAAGCAGAGAUGAUGUCACCUCAGUCCCAGUGUUCCUGGACCAGAAGGAGGCCAGUGAAGUCAUAAGCCGCCAGAAGAGAGCGAACGAAGGAAACGAGGAGAAUACGCUCCCCCACAACCUUGAGCGGGAGUGUCUGGAGGAAGUGUGUAAUUAUGAAGAAGCGAGAGAAGUGUUUCAGGACACUUACCGCACGGAUAUCUUUUGGUCCGUGUACAUAGAUGGAGAUCAGUGUGCAAACCAGCCGUGCAAAAAUGGAGCCAUGUGCUCAGAUAGUGUUGGGGGUUACGACUGCAUCUGCAAAUCAGGAUUUUCAGGGGUGCACUGUGAAACAGAUCAGACCAAAUGUGUCAUUGAUAAGAACAAAGGCUGUAGUCAGUUCUGCAAGCCAGGGUAUCAAUCGUAUGAGUGUUCCUGCGCUUGGGGAUGGAAGCUGCAGCAGAAAGAGAAAUGUAUACCUGCUGUGUCGUUCCCAUGUGGGAAGGUAAGCAGUCUGAGCCAGUGGGACAGCCGGCAGUCCAGCAACAUGCGCUCGGAGUACGGAGGACUGGACUGCAAUGCUGAAGAGUGUCCCUGGCAGGCUCUGCUGCGGAACAGUGUGUCAAGCGGGUUUUGCAGUGGUGUUAUCAUUAAAGAGAACUUUGUACUGACCACUGCGCAGUGUGCACACAAACACAAGGAUUUCCAGGUGGCUGUGGGAAAGAGGGUGACAUCCAGUGAGGUUGAUGAACAGACCCUGUAUGUAAAGCAGGUGUAUAUUCAUCCUCUUUACCUGGAAGGGAAACCAGAAAAUGAUCUAGCAGUGAUAGAGCUGAGGGACAAGAUCAUCUUUAAGAAGAGGGUUCUACCAGCCUGCCUGCCUGAGAGAGAUUUUGCAGAAAGCGUCUUGAUGUCGGGCGACUACAUGGGCGUGGUUACUGGUUGGAAAGACACCUCCGAGUUUCUCGGAAAACUCAGGCUAAAUCAUCUGUCUUACAGCAAACUGCAAGCUUGUGUGGCGCGCCAUUCAGGCCAGGUUAACAACAAGAUGGCGUGCACCCUGCCACGUUCUAAAGCUGAUUGCUCCUUCAGCUCAGGCAGUCCCAUCCUCACCUUGUACAGAGAGGUCUUCUUUCUCACCGGCGUCGUGAGUCAGUCCCCAGAGAUGGAUUGCAAGAACGGUUAUGUCUUUCAGAAGGUGUCCCGGUUCCUUCCAUGGUUAAAGAAUGUAAUGGGCUCUGUAUAAAACGUGGAAUGCUGUCUAUUAGCUUACAUUCCAGUUUUCCAGUGUGAUAUUUUUAAAGUGUUUUCAAGCAUGUCUCAGAACAGAGCAUGAAAUGCAUUAUGCUUGAUGUUUUUCCCUAACAGGUGACACUUUCUGCUUUAAUUCCUGUAGCAAAGUAAUGAACACAUACACACAUCUGUAAUACACUGCUUCAUUUAUACAUACUGUAUACUGCACUGUGCAAAAGUCUUGACCCCUCUAAUUUCUCCAUUUUUUUGCUUGUAAAGAGCUAAACUUCUUUGUAUUUUAAUGUAGUUCUCAGGGCUUCCUUGAGGAUUUUUUUGUCUCUUAGUUUAGUCAAGUCCCUGUACCUGAGCAGUUUCAGAUGAAUGUUUUUUGUUUGUUAAGCAACAUAGUGACCUAUGAACCAUUCAAGAAUAAAAAAACAUAAGGUAUGAACCAGUGAGUAACAGGUGCAGAUGAUGACAGAUGACUUUGAGGAACAAAGGAGAAGGUAAAUGAGGUUUCUGCUAAGGCUGUUGCUUAAACAACCAAGUUUUAAAUUGUAUUUUUAGGCACUUUGCAGCUUGUCUCAGUAAAACAUUUAUUCCUGUUUCUUUAAUUUAAUUAGACGAAAAGAGAAGAGGCUUGAGACUAUUGCACAGCCUCAUAUAUGUUCAUAUUCAUGUAUGUAUUUGCUUUCUGCUGUCUACUUUUUGGAAUGGAAUGAAACUAUCAAUAGUAUGAAAUACUACACAUGUACUGGUCAUUAUAAUGUUUUAAGUCUAAUUUAAAGACGGAAAUUUAAAUCUAAAGUACAUUAAUUUAAUGUCUUAUUUAAAUCUAAACUACAUUACCUCUUUACAUGGUGUAUUCAGAUUUAAGGCUUUCGUAGUAAUGAUAUGCGGAAAUAUUACAAAAAUUUAACUUCUAUAUGUAAUAUUAAAUGAUUAUCAUAUUUAAUAGCCAUACUAUCACACUGGAUUCUUUGCAACCUAACCAUUUUGCUAAAUCUCUUUUCUGUUUUAUUAUUGUGGAUUAUCCUUUUAUUAAAAUUUAUGUUUUCUCCCUU